CUAGGCGAGGGGGCGGGGAGAGGUAAUUUCCAUGGAGACAGAUCAACAACCGGAGCAUAUUAGCAGCAGCAGCAGCAGUUUUCCUCCACCUGCAGAAUCCUGUCUGGCUGAGAUGUCCCAAAAAGAAGAGCAACAGGAUGGGUCGCAGAAAACAGCUCCUGCCCCCUGUGCCAAUCCAGGCAACCCAGUCUUCACCUGCACUCUGAGACCAAAGGCCACCUCAGUUUCUCCAUGGGUGAAACUGCAGAGCGCACUGUACAGAACUACAGCUAGUGAGUAUGGACUGAGACCCCCGAGCUUCGAGUCUUCACCAUGCUCCUACCACCCUAUAUCCCAGGCCUUCACUCAGCACCUGGGCCAGAGCGGGAUGUACCAGGACACCACUUUCAACACUAGUCUGGACAGGAGCAGGGUGCAUGACUGCCCCAACUUACAAAACACCAUCUGAGUGAACAAUGACCUCAAGGUCUUUUUUAAUCUUAGUUGCUGACGAUCUUAUGUGUCUGAAGUGCGUCUGCAGAAGCCGAAGGACAAGUUUACAAAUGCUUUAGUAAAAUUGAAUGUUUAAUUUUUUUUUCAGAGUGUUCUACAUUGUAGCACUGAUAUGUGCUGUAAUAACCCAGUCUGCAAUAAAAACUGUUGCAACAAUAUGCCUUAAAAC